GGUUUAUACUAUUCUCGGAAUCCCAUAAAAAAAAAAACAAGCAUUUACAAGCACGCCCGCGCACGCAGAACCUACAAAAAGAACCCACCAGGUUCCCCUGAAUUCUCCAUCUGGGCGACGGGGAAAGAACAAUGCUUGCAGCUUCAGUCCACCCACCCGAUGCAUCUCCGGAUGCGGAGGCUCACGAGCACUUGCUCGUCGUGGACGUGGACGACAACGCCAAGGACGUCCGGGCCAAGUUCGAGAUCCGGGGCCUGACCAAGAUUUCCGAUGCUGGGGCCCCCAUCCUGACCGGGGUCAACCUGGAGAUCCCGCGAGGGAAGAUCGUGGGCAUCAUCGGGCCGAGCGGGAGCGGCAAGUCCACGCUCUUGAGGGCCCUGAACCGGCUGUGGGAGCCGCCGUCCGGCACCGUGUUCUUGGAUGGCGAGGACAUUAGGGGUCUCGACGUGCUCAGCCUUCGGCGCAAGGUCGGGAUGCUGUUUCAGCUUCCCGCGAUGUUUGAAGGCACAGUUGCGGAUAACGUCAGAUAUGGACCACAACUGAGGGGGCAGAAGCUAAGCGACGGUGAAGUCUACAAGUUGCUGAACCUUGCCGACCUCGAUUCCUCUCUCUUCAGCAGAGGCGGCUCAGAACUAUCUGUCGGCCAGGCCCAGAGAGUGGCACUCGCAAGGACACUAGCUAACGAACCAGAGGUUCUUCUGCUGGAUGAACCGACGAGCGCGUUGGACCCAAUUUCGACCCAAAACAUCGAGGACGUGAUAGUGAAGCUGAAGAAGACUCAAGGAUUGACGACCAUAAUGGUUUCGCACAGCAUCAAGCAAAUUCAGAGGAUUGCUGACAUAGUUUGCCUCCUGGUGAGCGGUGAGCUGGUUGAAGUUUUGACUCCCGAUCGACUCUCAGAAGCCAAGCAUCCCAUGGCACAGAGAUUCCUGCAACUCAGCAACUGAUGCUUUCCCGUUUCCACAUACCGCAUGCUGAACGAAAUAAUCGUAUGCAGAUUUAGCACUGUACUGUUAUAUAGACCUCGGCUUCUGUGAUUGGAUAUUUAUAGACUCGAAACAGUGUUUGAUGAAA